AUGUCUGAUCUACUGAGCACUGUGAAAAUCCUGGCUGGAUCUACAGCGGAGAUUGCAGCUGCUUCAGUUGGUGAUCAGCGCCUGGUGGCCGCAGUGAAGUUGGAUGAGGAGAACAAUUCUGUGGAGAUCCUCAAUGGGCUGAAGGUUGUUGAUGUUAAAGCAGAGGUCUCAGUAGAAGUGCCUGAGGAAGCUGAGGUAGAGGAGGCCAUGAUCGGUAGGUCCGAUCUGAAAAUUGUAGGUGAAGAACUGGAGGAAUUGUCUUCAGCACUUCAUGCAGUAGAAGAAACCACUGUUGAAGUGGCAGAUGACCAUGUCAAGUCUGAGGCAGACAGCCCUGUUGUGGCCGAAGUUUAUGUUGAAAGCCCUGCUUCAUCAGAGGAGGCCUCUGUUCCGGAGAUGGAGAGUAUUUUGGAAUUGGAAGAGUCAAUGAGCCCUGUGGUGAUGUUGUCAGAAGAUGAUACCUCUGGACCUGCAGAGGUGACAUCACAAGCAGUCAAGGCAAUAGGUCAGGGAAUAGAGGAAGAUAUAGCAUUAAGUCAUGAGCCAGCUGCUACAGAAACAGAACAUGCAGAUCUCACAGCGCCACCAACAGACCUGGAGGAAGCACUACAGGGCACAACAGAGGCUGCAGAAGAAGUUGUCGUGGAAAUGAUGCUGGAUGCUGUGGAGGAAGCUAAACCAGAAAAGGUGUCAGAAGAAGCUGUUGAAAGUGGAAAUGUUACGAUGACCAUGGCACAAGCCUGAAGUGAAUGUUCCAGAACCUGAGACACAGAAAGCGAGUGAAACCCAAUCUGUAACAUAAUACAUACAGUGAAGUUAACAUGCAGUGCUGUA